AUGGCCAGUACGUUACCGUCGUACACGUACUUCAAAAAUCUGUCCCUGCUGAGUGCUCAAGCCAAAAGAGCCACAGCCAGCGCCAGUGCCCAGAACACCAGUACCAGCAGUCAAGCACCUGGAAUUGACGUCCAGCAGCUGCUGACAAUGCACACCGCAACUCAGCAACAAACACAGCAGUUGCUGUCAGCCAUUGGGAAGCACACCAGCACGGUUGGCCAGCUGGCGGCCAACUCGGCACAGCCUGCACAGAGUGCUCAUGGAUCUGUGAAAUUGCCCGUGCUCACAAUCAGGAAGUUUGAUGGUGACAUACUUCAUUUCACUGAGUUCAUUGACAUGUUUCAAUCUGCGAUCGGUACAAAUCAAAGCCUGUCUGCCGUACAGAAACUGUCGUAUUUGAGAAGUCAUUUGACAGGCAUGGCCCUGGAUGUUAUUGCCGGUAUUCCCACCACCGAUUCAAAUUACCCCGUGGCGUUAGGAUUAUUGAAGGAUCGCUUUGGCAAGAAGGAUGCCAUCAUCGCAGCCCGAUACCGCGCAAUUACCGAAAUGCCAGCGCCAUCAAAUAAACCUCACAUGUUGCGGAGAUUUUACAACGAGGUGGAGGCUAAUUUGCGCUGUUUGCAAGCGGAAGGUCAAAGUGUGCAACAGGAACUGCUGAUUCCUGUCAUCACUUCCAAGUUACCAAAGUGCGUCAUCGUACAACUUGAGACACAGAAACCCCACAAUCAGAGUUGGACUGUUGAUGAGCUGCGGAAACAGCUGGGAAUCUACCUGGAGGUCCGUGAAUCGGCUGAGCGACUGGCAGGAGACACAGCCAGCAAACCAGAGAGCACUCUGCCACGACCACCGCCUGUUUCCGCACAGCCUCAUGCUGCCUACUCCCAACCUCCGGCCACGGCAGCCACGUUAGUUAGCUCUGUGCGGCGCGCCACUCCGAGAUGCUUCUUCUGCAAGUUGCAACACUUCUCGGACACCUGCCCAACGUUCAACACGGUUUCUACCAGACAGCAGCAGCUACAAGACCACUGCUUUCAGCAGCAAGGGCCACAGAAACAUACUACCGCUACGGUGCACGUCCAGUCCAAAGGUGUGAAUCUCCCAACCGCCAUCGCAACUGUCGCCGGGCAAGGCAACAUCUCAGACUGCCGACUGUUGUUUGACACCGGCUCAACUCGCACAUUUAUUCAUGAAUCGUUAGCUGCCUCUGUCAACGCAGCUGUUGUCGGUGAAGACGUGUUGUCCAUCGCUAGUUUUGGAUCUGCGUCCCGGCGAACGGUCACCCUGCCGAGAGUGGAGUUUUCCCUCCUAUGUCGAGAUGCCGGAUCAGCCUUGCCCGUAACCGCCAAAGUUAUGCCGUGGAUUUGUUGUCCUGUUGUCAAAUCCCCAAUUGACAUCGACCAGUACCCUGAAGUCAAGAACAUCCAACUAGCUGACACCAUUGUCACCAAGCGUGAGGAGGUAGAAAUUGACCUCCUUAUCGGCACGGAUUUCUACUUCUCCACCAUGGGUAACGGUCACAUCCAACUCAACAAUGGCCUGGUCUUGCUGAACUCCAAAUUGGGAUUUGUCCCAGCAGGCCCUACUGACACAGAGACAGAUGACACUGCGGGCCACAUAAUGCUCACAGAUGCUACCACCUUGCCAGACCCAGUAUUUGAUCUCCAACGUUUCUGGCGACUUGAAGAUAUUGGUAUCACCGAUGACAUCAGUGAUCCGCAGACAGCGGACGACAUUGCCCUGGAACACUUUCGCAGCUCCUUGCAACUGAUCAACGGCCGAUAUAUGGUAUCUUGGCCAUGGAAAGAUAGCCAUACUCCACAACCUAAUCUACCAGAGAACUACGAGCUCGCCUUCGGCCGUCUCAAAUCCUUAGUCAAACGACUCCAGCAGACACCACACGUGCUAGAGAAGUAUCAUUGUACCAUCACAGAGCAGUUAGCCAAUGGCAUUAUCGAGGAAGUGAACCUUGAUCACCAGGAUGGGCCGAUUCACUACAUCCCCCACCACUGUGUUGUUCGCCCCAGCAGUACCACAACAAAGGUUCGUGUGGUAUAUGAUGCUUCCGCCAGAACUCGCGCAGAACACAACAGCCUGAACGACUGCCUUCACCGAGGUCCGAUACUUCUGCCGGAUCUGUGUGGUAUCCUGGUGAGAUUUCGGCUACACCCCAUUGGCAUUGUCAGCGAUGUUGAGAAGGCCUUCCUUCAGCUAGGUCUAUCUAUGACAGAUCGCAAUGUAACACGGUUCCUAUGGCUUCGCGAUCCUACAAAACCCGUCACCACAGCCAACCUAGUGAUCUACCGCUUUUGCCGAGUUCCAUUUGGCAUUGUCGCUAGCCCGUUUCUUCUCGCCGCCACAGUCGACCACCAUCUCCAACAGCAACAGACAGGGACAUGCGAUGAUGUACGUCGCAGUAUCUAUGUUGACAACGUUGUCACCGGGCAGAGCAGCGUCCAGGAUGCUACUGCAUACUACAGAGAGGCAAAGGACGCCUUUGCCAGUGCCACCAUGAACUUGCGUGAAUGGGGUACCAACGAUCCUGACUUCAGAGAUGCUCUAGCUCCUGAAGACAAGCCUAGCUGUGAUGUAAUGAAGGUACUGGGUAUGUCAUGGGAUACCAAUCGCGAUACUCUGUCGACGGCAAAGUCAACCACAAACCAGUACUCCGUCAUUACCAAAAGAGAUGUCCUCCGCAGCAUAGCCCAAUUCUAUGAUCCGAUGGGCCUGUUCUCCUCGGUCAUCAUGCGUGCGAAGAUCCUAGUACAGAGUAUAUGGAAGCUACAUGUAGACUGGGACUCUCCGCUGCCUGACGCUCUCGUUCAUGAAUGGAAGGAUAUCCUGUCCGAUCUGUCCUGCGCAAGUGACGUUGCCAUUCCUCGCUUCAUUGGACCAAAAAUCCACGUCGACAAGGUCACCUAUGAACUCCACGUCUUCUGUGAUGCGUCUCGAGUCAAGAUGGUUACGGUGCAGCCGCGUACCUGUGUGUGA